CACAUGGAGUCCCAAAACCAAACACUUGCAGCAGAAUUCCAUCUCCUGGGACUCUCAGAGGACCCAGCCCUGCAGCCCGUCCUCUUUGGACUGUUCCUGUCCAUGUACCUGGUGACAGUGCUUGGGAACCUGCUCAUCAUCCUGGCCGUCAGCUCUGACUCCCACCUCCACACCCCCAUGUACUUCUUCCUCUCCAACCUGUCCUUGGCUGACAUUGGUAGCACCUCCACCUUAGUCCCUAAGAUGCUGGUGAACAUCCAGACAGAAAGCAAAGCCAUCUCCUAUGCAGGCUGCCUCACUCAGGUAUAUUUUUUCGUGGUUUUUCUAUGUAUGGACAACUUACUGCUGGCUGUGAUGGCCUAUGAUCGCUAUGUGGCCAUCUGCCACCCCUUGCAUUACAUGGUCAUCAUGAACCCCCACCUCUGUGUCCUGCUGGUCCUGAUCUGUCUGCUCAUCAGCACUGUGGAUGCCCUGGUGCACACUCUGAUGUUGCUGCAUCUGUCUUUCUGCAAACACCUGGAGAUCCCCCACUUCUUCUGUGAUGUGACUCAGGUCCUCAAGGUGGCCUGUUCUAAUACCCUCGUCAACAACAUCGUGGUUUAUUUAUCAACCACUCUGUUGGGUAUUGGUCCUAUGUGUGGCAUAAUAUUCUCCUAUGUUCAAAUUGUUUCCUCCAUCCUGAGAAUCCCGUCCACUGGUGGAAGGUAUAAAGCUUUUUCUAGCUCUGGGUCUCACCUGUCGGUGGUUUCUUUGUUCUAUGGGACUGCUCUUGGUGUUUACCUUAGUUCUGCAGUUACUGAUUCUCCCAGGAAGACUGCAGUGGCCUCUGUGAUGUAUGUGCUGGUCACCCCCAUGCUGAACCCCUUCAUCUACAGCCUCAGGAACAAGGACAUGAAGGGGGCCUUGAGAAAACUCACCUUGGGGACAUUUUCCAUUUCAUGA